AUGUGGCAUGGGCCGUUCCGAGUUGCGGAAGUCGUCGACUCGCACGCGGUGCGACUGGAAAUCGCAGGAUCUGACUAUCACGUGUUUCCAGUGGUACAUGUGUCCAAACUGAAACUGGUUCGGAAAUUCCCAGAUCGCCCGAAUGUGAGAUUGAUGACCCAAGAUCGAGAUCGACUCGACUUCGAUGAAGGGUUGUUACCUAAAUACAGCUGGGACACUGAGCUCGAAGAGGGUGAAUACGAAGUCGAACGCAUCUCAGACGAACGAACAGGACGUCGGACACGCUACGGACGGAAGCUGCGCGAGUUCUUGGUCCACUGGAAAGGUUACGACGCUCCGACAUGGGUCGACGAAGCCGAUCUUAACUGUGGAGCACUGCUACAUGACUACUUGCGCGACCAGACCAACCGAAGUCGAUUCGGGGUAAUGCAGUCGCACGAGGAGCAGUAA